UCACAGUCCAAAAGUUAAAGCGGCCAAUAUACAUUACUUCUUUAUCUGUUUCUGCAUCUCUUCAAUGGCGGGUUUUUUAGGUUCGCUUGAAGAGAUGAGGAAAGUGUUCAACAAAUUCGACCAAAACGGCGACGGCAAAAUCUCUCGGGAAGAACUGAAAUCCGUACUCAGUGCCUUAGGCUCCAAGCCUUCUUCCGAAGAAGUCGAUCGGAUAAUGUGGGAGAUGGACAAAGACGGAAAUGGCUACGUCGAUCUAGAUGAGUUCAUUGCUUUCCAAGGAAGCAACGUCAAUGGAGACGAUUCCCAGUGCACGAACAAGGAACUCAAAGAUGCGUUUGAUAUGUACGAUUUGGACAAGAAUGGAUUGAUUUCGGUGAACGAGUUGCAUGCCGUGUUGAAAAGAUUGGGCGAGAAGUGCUCGUUGAGUGAUUGCCGGAGAAUGAUCAGUCAAGUUGAUAAAGAUGGCGAUGGAAGCGUUAACUUUGAAGAGUUCAAGAAGAUGAUGACCAAAGCUUGAAAAUAGUCUCCAAAA